AUGGACAACAACAAGGAUUCUAAGUCUCCUCAUACCCGCUCCAAACGUCGAGAAAAACAGGAUCGAGAUGCCAAACGACAGACUCGAUCAGCUCGUGAUUCUUCAGAUGUAGUUCCUGGCGCUCAAGCUUCAAGAGAGGAACAUAAAUCCAAGGGAAAAUCCCGUUCUGGUCGGUCUGCUUCUUCUCGCUCCUGGAAUCGAGAUGAAAAGUCCGCUCAUAGGAACAGGAGCAGUGCCACUGCUUCCGUUCCAAGUGCUCAAACGGGUCGAUCUAAGAGCAGACGUGACGAAAAGGCAAAAGAACGUCGCAACACUCGGGCUACCAGACCUGGUGUCGAGUCUGCGUCAUUUUCCAAGGAUCGGAGCAGAUCCAAGGCAAGCAGAAACGCCAAAACAAGCGAUAAGAACAAAGAGGAGGAAGACAUUGCUGCCAAAGGGGAUGGGGAGCCGGUUGUGGCGGCCUUGUUGAUAGAGGAGGAAGGCGACGACGAAAAGAAGGCAAAAGAAAUGGCUCACAUGCGUAAGGAGAUGGCUGCAGAGGCCGAAAGGCAACGUCAACGGUUGGAGGAAGAAAACCGGCGCCGAGAAGAAGCAGGGCGCAUGGAAGCCGAACGCCUGGAGAAAGAGCAGAAAAAGAAAAGGCGAAACAUGAUUAUUUGCGUUGUUCUCGUCGUCCUAGUCCUAAUUGGUGGUGGCGUCGGCGCCUUCUUUGUACUAAAUGGGAGCAAUGAUGUGGCUCCAGAAAAUGUUAACAUGGCAGAGACGCUUGAACCAUCUUCCACUCCCUCCGCGUCCCCAUCCGCUGAUCCAAGUGGCAACCCAUCGACUGCUCCAACCCAAGGAGUAUACAAACAACCGAGUCUAGAAGAAUGCGAGCGUAUUGCUGCCGGUCUUCCAAUCGAUGGCGAAGACCAAAUGACUGCUCGGAACUUUGAUAUUGUUAUGCAGGUUGAUCUCGCCGAUGACAGUGAUAUUACCCUAUUGGUACCAGAACUCGAAACAAAGAUUGAGCAACGAUUGGUUCCGAACCUACUUGGAUGUCCUCGAGAUGCGUUCAUUCGGCGCCAGCUCAUUGGCAAAAAAGUGAACGGAAAAGAGCCCUCAAAUCACCGACAUUUGCAGAGCAUUCGUUACGCGAUUGCCAAAGCCAUCGUCGCCGUCUCCCUGACGGAUGAUGCUUGUCAAGACUCGAAUUCUUCUAACUGCAGUAUUCUGACUUUGAACCUCGAACUGCGAGUUCGUGGCAACGAGAACGCCAUUGACCUUGCCGGAAUCAUUUUAGAAGUGUUUCCGAAUGGACAAGACAUUCGUCCGCAAUUGGGACUCGUUGCUCCCUUUGACACUGUUGUCGUGCAAAUUAUUCGAUCGAACGACCCGACAGUAGCACCAACAAUUGCUCCUACUGGUGUUGGAAGCGAGAAUUCCACAAGCUUUCCCACGGCAACUCCUUCCAAUAACCCAAGCUCUGCACCUGUGAUUGGUCCGACAGUGUCGACGCCCGCCCCUUCAGUGAUCCCUUCAACAUUGCCAUCCACAACACCAAGUGCAGCUCCCACUCCAACUCCUCCUCCGACAGUUGAUCCUCAGCUUGGGGUGACUCUUCAACCGACACGAACCUCAAGCAGCAGUCCAACCACCAACCCAUCCGAGACUCCAAGCAAGAGCCCGUCUUCGAUUCCAUCAUCGACUCCAUCGAUAGAUCUUUCUACCACUCCAACAAUUGAUACAAGUGUCGCACCCAGUCCAGGACCCACGAGUGGCCCAACUAGUGGUCCAACGCCAAACCCAACAACCUCAGCUCCUACUUCCAUAUAUCUUGGCUGUUACACAGACGACGAGAAACGUGAUAUGGAUAUUCUAUUCAGACGAAAUAUGGAAGUGCAGGAAUGCCGAGACUCUUGCAAGGAUAUCGGAUAUCCGUUCGCUGCGAUCCAAGAAGGGUCAAUAUGUUUCUGUGGGAAUAGCUAUGGUUCUCUUGGAUCUGGAAGCAAUUGUAACAAUGCAUGCCUCAAUUCAGCGGAUGAGAACUGUGGUGGACCAUUUGCCAACAGUGUCUACAUGAGUGGGGCUAAUGGGGCUUAUUCUUCAGCUCCAGUGCUGGAAAGUGAUUUGUAUUGUGGAUGCUUCCAAGAUAUUACCAGUGACCGUGAUCUUGUAUUCUUUUUUGGGAGGGAUCUUUCUCAGAUUGGAUGCAUUCGCUAUUGCAAGUCUGAAGGUUACGACUUCGCCGGUCUACAAUACCAGAACGAAUGCUGGUGCGGCGACACACCGGCUGGGGCAUUUGGAACAUCGAUCACAUGCUUCACGGUGGACAAGGAUAGAGAUGAAACUAGUGAUAUCUGCACUGACACUGGCGAAGGAGCAUGUUACGGUGGAACAAAUGAUUGUGAGUGCGGAGGUGCUGGUAGCAACACCCUAUUUCGCACCAGCCAAGCGGUUUCUUGCCCAUCAACAAUUUCUCCGACCAUCGAGUACUUGGCUUGCGGCUCUGAUGAUGCGCUCGACAGAGAUUUGUCUGUUCUGGGAUCAGUUCGCGCGUCGGUAUCGGGAUGCAGGACAAUAUGCAGUGAUAUUGGCUUUGUAUACAGCGGCUUGCAGGAAGGUCUGCUAUGCUUCUGUGGCAACUCGUACGGAAACUAUGGCACAGGUGGCGUCUCCUGUAACAGUGCAUGCGCAGUGGAUUCUGGUGAAUCGGAUUGCGGAGGUGUCUCUGCCAACAGCAUAUAUUGGUCUGGGGCAGCAGUUGCUCCAGUGGCAGAGUUGGAUGAUAACUUGUACUGCGGAUGCAUGGGUGAUGUUCCAUCGCAAAGAGACUUGAAACACUUUUCUCCUUACCUGGACCUCGGUCAAAAAGCUUGCAUUUAUUAUUGUCGUUCCAAGAACUUUGACUUUGCGGGUUUACAGUUUACAAAUCAGUGCUGGUGUGGAAACAGCGCAGGAUUACAUGGGCCGUCCAAUGAUUGCAACAUGAACUGCCAAUUCCCUGAAGCUUCGAAUUGCUACGAUGGUAGUUCAUCUUGCACUUGUGGUGGCUCUAACGCGAACAAUGUAUUUCGCACUAGCUCAUCCAGCCCAUCUUGCCCAGCAGCAGGGGUUUCUGGAUCAUAG